UACGUGUGUGUGAGCGCGAUUUGAAAAUAAAACUGCAAAUACAUAACAAAUUAUCAAAAGGCAACCAAUACAAACACCCGAUACCAGAUAGCCGUGCGUGUUUACACUUUGUUGUGCGUUGGUGUUUGUGUACCAAAGACUUGAUUGCCUGUGGAAGUUACCCGAAAAUUGGAAUUGAUAGAGAAACUGAAACAAAAUUCGCACCAGAAAAAACCAAGUCUCAAGACAGUUGCACUGAUCUCACCAACACUUCCAUACAAACUUCACGAAGAUCUGCAACAGAAGCUUCUCUCCACGCGCAGAAGGAACUGCAGCUGGCCACAGAGAAGAGCGUGGCAUCCACAGCAGGCCAAUCUAUGCCGCUCAAUUCGUACAACAUGAACGCUGCCGCCAUGGCCACUGGUGGCUAUAUGGACUCCAAUGAAAUCUUGGGCGUCACCAACAGUUGCAAUCCUGUCCAAACCAUGAGUGUCACGCCCGCUGGCUUCAUGGCUGCACAUAAAGUUAAUCUGUACGAGCUACAGCUCCAAAUAAAGCAUACCCUUAAAGAGUUCGGCGCCUGCGGCAAUGCCCUAAAGCUGCUUGUCCAAAACUACAGCUACAUGCUGAACUCCACAGUCUCGCCCAAUGCGGAGGUGGCCUUCAAGUGUCUGAUCGAAGAGAAGGCCACCAUCGUGAUCACAGUGCGUAGCAGCUUCAUGUACUACGAGUCGCUAUACGAGAUGGUCUCCCACGAGCUUAAGAACUGGCGCCGCCAGCAGGCUUUUGCCGGAAACGGGGCUCCGUUCAAUGAGGGAGCUCUCGACGAUAUUCAGCGCUGCUUCGAGAUGCUGGAGACAUUUGUUGCUCACCUACUGGCCGCCAUUAAGGAGUUAAUGCGCGUCCGCCUGGUCAGCGAGGAGCCGGAGCUGACACACCUCCAUGAACAGAUCCAGCUCUCGCAGGAGAAUCUGGUCUACUCUGCUUUCAUUGUGGACAAGCAGCCGACACAGGUGAUAAAGAAACACACACGCUUUGCAGCCUCAGUGCGCUGGCUCAUUGGAUCCACACUGGGCAUCCACAACAAUCCACCCACUGUUCAGUGCAUCAUCAUGUCAGAAAAACAAGCGCGUACGUUCGUAACCCGCGGCGCCCAAUUGGACAACAGCUUGGCCGGACAGUCCUCCGGCGAAAUACAGAACUGCUCCAGUACAAUGGAAUACCAGCAGAACAACCACGUGUUUUCGGCCAUCUUCAGUAACAUGCAACUGAUGAGCAUCAAGCGGCCUGAGAAGAAGGGCAAUGAGAGCGUUAUGGACGAAAAGUUCGCCCUUUUAUUUUAUGCCACCACCACGGUGAACAAUAGUCAUCAGAUCCGCGUUUGGACACUGUCCCUGCCCGUCGUGGUGAUCGUGCACGUGAACCAGGAGCCCCAGUCGUGGGCCACCAUCACCUGGGACAAUGCAUUUGCGGAGAUGGUCCGUGAUCCCUUUGUGACCACCGAUCGCGUCAGCUGGGCACAGCUCUCUGUGGCGCUGAACACCAAAUUUGCAUCGAGCACACAGCGCUCCCUGACCCCCGACAACCUGGACUUAAUUUACGAGAAGCUCCAGCGGAAGGAAUAUAUAACGUGGAACCAGUUCUGCAAGGAGCCCAUGCCAGGUCGCUCCUUCACCUUCUGGGAGUGGUUCUCUGCCAUUAUGAAACUCACCAAAGAGCACAUGUUGAACAUGUGGAAGGCCGGCUGCAUCAUGGGCUUCAUCAACAAGGCCAAGGCGGAAGAUGAUCUGAAGCGCUCUCCCGUUGGCACUUUUCUGAUCCGCUUCUCCGACAGCGAGCUUGGAGGGGUCACCAUUGCCUAUGUCAACGAAAAGAGAUUGGUCACCAUGCUGGCCCCCUGGACUGCCCACGACUUUCAGGUGCUUAACCUGGCGGACCGCAUUCGUGAUCUUAAUUUCUUGCGUUGGGUGUACCCCGUCGACCGCAGUGCUCAAUGCUCAAUUCUAGAUAGAGACACCGCCUUUGGCGAAUUCUUUUCAAAGCGUCAGGAACUCUCGUCUGGCUACAAGAAGACCUUCCUGCAUGUCCAGGUUUAUAACGGCAACAGCGACAAUGCGUCCACCAGCGGAACACCGCCUCACGUGCCGACGCAUGAUGGCAUGCAGAUAGGAAAUGGCGACUUUGGGAUAGCGGACUUCGAUUCAAUGACGAAACGAAAUCGUAUAAGCGCCCGAAGAACACCUUCUUGGCACCGCUAUCAUGGAAGUGGAUCGUAAACAGCGAUUGAAACACACCGCAUUUUGUGCUAUUCGAAAUUAUUAUUUUAUGUUAUCUAGAUGUAAUUAUUAGAAAUAGGAAUGCAUCGUAGAGGCAGGUUUUGUUUGGUAUGUAUUUUAACUGUAUGUGGAUUAACAACAAUCAAUAACACUAAUUGUGUACAUUGUGUUAGUGUUUUAAAUGUAAUUUCAAACGCUAUAUUAAGUGUGCUGCAAUUUUGAAAACUUGAGUGGGAAAUACCUAAAGAACUAUUCUUGUCAAAUUGGCCAAUAAAAUAAUUGAUUUUAAAAACUAA